GCGUUUUUUACGUUGAAUUUUGUGUGAAUAUCAAAUAAUAUUAAAGCAUUAGUAGCGAUGUACAUGAUGAAUUCAUGCGUAAAUGAUUUUAGUUUUUUAAACACGUACAUACUGUUUGAAUAAACGGUCAAAUCUAUGAUUGUAAUUUUUAUUUAGUUAUUAAUUUGUGAGAUGCUUUUUAUAAUGUGUACAUCAUGAUUGAAAUCGUUUAAAAUAAUCGGUAAUAUGAAUGCGACAUAUCGAUAUUUUUAUUAUACUACUCGUUUAUAGUCUGUGACACUGUACCAGUGUGCCUGUCACUUCACUGCUUUAAUGUAUUGAUUGUAUUGAUUUUAUCUCCCGCCCGGCGCCUGGCGCCCACAUACACUAGACCUAGAUAAAGCCUACGCCCUAGCCUAUUCCCUCGCCCGCCACCGGUGACAAAGGAAGUCUUGCAGGCAAAACCAACAUGGACUAAAUGUCUGUGUUGGUCAACAACUGCAGUACAGCAAGCCCCAACAUAAUUUGCAAGUGUAUAUUUCAUAUCAACAACUAAAAAAAAAAGGAUAAUUGAAUGCAAAAUGGAUAUAUUUUUAGUUUUGUUGUUAUUAAUGCCUCCGGCAUAUGGUGAGAAAACUAUAAAAUAUGCAGCUGUCAUAUACAGGCAUGGUGAUAGGACAACGGUUGAUUCAUACCCAAAUGAUCCAUGGAAGGAUGAAUCUUUGUGGCCCGAGCCCUUUGGGCAACUGACUAACACUGGAAAGAGACAGCAUUACAAAUUUGGAAAAUGGCUACGGGUGAAAUAUCCGACAUUGAUUUCUGAAAAGUAUGAUGCCAAGGAGGUCUAUAUAAGAUCAACAGAUGUUGAUCGUACACUGAUGUCUGCCCAGGCAAAUGCAGCCGGCAUGUACCCACCUUCUGGAGAUGCUGUGUGGAAUCCCAAUUUAUUAUGGCAACCCAUUCCAGUACACACGCUUCCAGAAAAGUGGGAUCAAAUAUUAGCGAUGAAACGAAAAUGUGUCCCCUAUGAUCAAGAGAAGCAGAGAUAUAUGAACUCCGUAACAUAUAAAGAAAAGCUCGAGAAAUAUCAAAGUCUUAUGGAAUACACGACUGUUAAUUCAGGGAAGAAAAUUAAGAAUUUUGAAGACAUUAAUGACAUUUAUAAUAUAUUGUAUGUUGAAACCCUGUACAACUUCUCUCUACCAAAAUGGACAACGGCUGUUUAUCCCGAAAAAUUAAGAGAACCAGCUUGUUACAGCUUUAAGGUAGCGACCGCCACUCCUCUAAUGUCGCGUCUUAUGGUGGGUCCACUACUUCAAGAAAUAGUUGGUAAAAUGAAGAUGAUCAUAAAGGGUCUGCAGCCAUUGAAACUAGCUAUUUAUAGUGGACAUGAUUUCACCAUAGGAAAUAUACUCAACUCCAUUGGCGUCUACGAUGGGAACUGCCCUGUUUAUACUGCGACCAUAAUAUUUGAGCUUCUGGAAGAUGUGGACACUAAUGAAUAUUUUAUACGAAUGUUAUACCGUAAUUCGAUAGAACUUAUCGAACCUGUGGUUAUUUAUAUCCCUCGUUGCGGGAAAUUAUGCAAAUACCAAAGAUUCAUCGAGUUGUACGAAAACCUGCUGACUGUCGACUGGGAUCACGAAUGCGAAAAGCAGAUUUUGCCAACACUUGGUAUUGCUUCCGUCGUCGGAAUAGUGAUAUUUGUGGUCAUCGUCAAAAAGUUGUAUAGCAGAAGAAUGCACGAAAGUAUCUAUUCUGCUAUUUCCGGUGGAGAUAAAAUUAACAAAUCAAAGAUCAUGAAAAUCGAUCCAGCCGUUCUUGAAGCUUAAGUUUGAGUUUUUUUAUUUUAUUAAGUUUAAUUUAAUUUAAUUAAUUUUUUCCAUUUUAUUUUUUAUUCAUUUUCGUUACAUAUACACAUUCCAAACUGUCUGUACCAUUAUUUUAAAUUUUGAUAAUAUUGUUAAAAACGUGUCGAGUUGAGACCAACUUGACACACUUUUAACAAUUGUUUCAAUUUAGAAUCAUAAAUUCUUUGUGUUUGAAGGCCAAUACAAGUAUGUGUUAUUAAAAAUAAGGAUGAUUAUCAUAUCGUGUUAUCCAGAAGGAGUAUAUAAGCAUUUCAGAAUAAUUAUUUGAAUUUGAAUUUAACGUUGCCAUAUUAAAAAAAAACGUUAUUUAUUAAUCGCUAUACAAAACAUUAGGUGCGAGCAGGAUAGGCAGUCGGGUUUUCUAAUUUUUUCAAUUAUUGAUUUGUUGCAGAUUUACACCAGUACAAGUGUAACUUGUGUCGCCCUAAUUCUUCAUUAACCGAGUCCACCAAUCAAGUCUUUACUAACCUAAUAAUGUUUUUCUGUCCCAAAUAAAUAGAAAAUAAUAAAAUAAACUUAAAAGUACUCAAUGAUACUUCAUUUUAUGCCUAUUAAAAUAGGCAUAAAAAUACUAAAACUAUAAAAUAAAAUAAUCUUAAAAAUACUUUUCAUUAUUUUCCACCCAUCACGCAGGCAGCAAGCAUUCUCGCGUUGAAUAGGGUAGUUGACCCUUAUAAAAUUUUAUAUAAACAAUAUUAAUUUCCUGUAGUACAUGGAAUAAGGGUUCGAAAUACAUAUAUGAUAUCAAUUAAUAAUAGUUAAAGAUUUCUUAUAAAACUUAAUUUAAAUAUUACGUAUUGUUUUAAUUUUACUAGUGAAUCAAUAAAUAUUAUUAUUAUUAUUAUUGCGAUAAAUUAUUUUUAAUUAUUUUUAUUAUAUAAUUAUUAUUAUUAUUUUUGUCAAACUCUCCGCUUGUAAUUUUAUAGAUUUGUUAUAGUAACGUGAUGAAACAGUUGAAAUAUAGACAUUAGACAGUUAUGGCCGUCAGGCGUUUUCGUAUUAUCAAAAACAUAUUUAAAAACUACCAUUUUCAUGUAAUCACGUCUCAAAAAAUAUAUUUAAAAAAAUUCAAUCUAGUAGAACGUUUAACUAUUUAUGAACGUUUAAAAUAAAGUGUCAACUAGCCUAUUGCGAUUAAAAUUAUUGGUGCGCGAAAGCUGCCUGCCCGAGGGUCGCCUGUUGCUUCCCUGAGGCGUUUGCUGAUCUCUUUGUGGAAACUCUACUUUCUCCACCCCAAACGGGGCGAAUUAGGGGGAUAUUUUAGAUUUAGAUUACCUUUAGAAGAAUCGAUAUUCGCUGACGACAUGAGUGGUUCAAUAUGUAUUUUAGGGUUCUGUAGUCUAUCCUUAUAGUUUCGACGCGGCAUAAUAAAGUAUUGUCAAGUGUCCCCAAGUCUACCAGCUAAACGAUAGCUUAUGGAUAUGUCAAAAAAAUCACUAAAGUAUUACGUACAUAUACUGAGUGCUCGGGAGUAUGUCCCUAGGCUCGGGAGUAUGUAUAACUUCAAGGCGUUGUCGAGCCGAACUGCAUAACUAAUUUUCUUUUUAACUUGAAAAAAACUUUUUGUUUUGAUGCAAAGUAAUUCAAAUAAUUCCGACUAUCCAUGUAACACACGCCUUUAGGUAAAAUGUAAAGGAUUUUUUUAUUCAAUAACAAGUUAAGAUGUUGUUAAUGACAGUACUAGACUACAUUUUUGACGAGAGCGACGACCUCUGUAGUGAAGUGAUUUUCUUGAUUACUUCAGGACAAGCCUGCACUUUCUGAUAGUGGUACGGAUGGAUCCUGUAUCUGACUUUGUCGAUAUCGACGAGAUAGUUGCAACUGAACUCCGCACUUCCCUAAUUAGCUACUUCGUGAUAUUUAUCAAUGAAUAAGUUUCGCUACGUCAUGUAAGGGACACAACAAAACAAACAAAAUUAAAAACAAAGCGCUCCAUCUGUAUAUUAUUUAUUAAUCUGUGACACAAAUAUAACGAUUUCUUUCGAAAACGUUCCAUUUGUCAUUUUCAAUCUUUUGUUUUUCGAGAAAAUCGUAUUUAUAUUAAAAGAAAAUCGUAUUUAUAUUAAAAGAAUUAAAGAUUAAUAAAAAUGAUUUUAAAAUAACGUUUUAAUCAGUUUAUGCUUUUAAUAAAGAUGUAGACUAAAGAUUUUUUUAAUAAAUUAAUCUUGAUCCAUCGGCUUCAUAUUCUUAACUUUAAAAAUAAAAAUAGCUCACAAAAUAUUAAACAUCAGUAAAACGGCUCCAAAAAGAAUUCGAUUUUUAUGAGAGUGGGAUGAUGAUUAGGUUUGAAUAUGUUGAUUUUUAUGAGACAUUUAAAUAAAAUUUAACUGUCAUCAUCCCUGUUGUUUCAGCUUUCAAAAAAUAUUCUAACAGUGAUUGUGUCAAGAUUAAAUACUAAUAUUUUUACACUAAAAUGAUUUUUAUAGGAGCCGCCUGCUUUCCAGAGACUACAUUACCGCGUUUGGGGGCCGCGGUACCUGGUUUUAACAUUAAAUAAAAUCAAUCUUCAUCUUCAAUGAGAUCAAGUCUCACAAGUUUUUUUUAUUACAAAUUUUCCUAAAAAUAUUUUUGUAUAAAUUCUGUAACACCAACAGUUUUGGAGUUAUUUUCAUUGAUGUAGACCCCCAUUUUUAAUAAUCUUUAAUUGUUUAUAACUUUUGGAAUCAUGAAUAGUCGAAUGACCGACAUUUUUUAUUCCUGGUAAAACUAUAUAGUACGGUUUGGAACAUAUAGACUAAACUUUAUAGAAACAUUCAUAAUUAAAAGCUUGAAAAAUAUAACCUUAUUUACAAAAAACCGGCCAAGUGCGUGUCGGACCACGCGUAUUAAAAGGUUCCGUUAGUUCCACAAAAAUACCGAUAACGAUACCCCGCACCACGGGAUAUGACGCUUUAAAGACGCAAUUAAUAUACAUACCCAUAGUAAAUUUCAUCUUUUUAAUUAACAACGGAGUUAGUAUGCAAUUUUCGAUUACCAAUUACGUUUUUAAGAUGGUCAAUAUGAGAUAAACGAUUAAACAAAAUUCAUCCCCACUUUACAUGUAGGGGAGGUACCCUAAAAAAUUUUUUCACUACUCUUGCUCAAAAAACUCAAAAAACACUUUCAGCCUCUAGGGGCUAAAGUAAUUUUGUUUUUUUUUUUAAUUUUUGUCCGUUAUGAGUACCUACUAGCCUGCUAUAAAACGAAAAAGGUUUAAAUUGUAAAUAAAUUGUUUAAUCAUACUAAAAUAAAACGAAGGAGAUUUAAGAGAGAAUCGAGUAAGAGAGAACGAGUAAAUUGAUAAAAAAUUGAAAUUGGACCGAAAUGCAGAGUUCUUGUCUGUGGAAUGCGUACUUUUUUCUUUUUAAUUUUUAUACUUAUUACAAUCGUAUACAAAAUACCUCGUAUACUGCGUCUUUUUAGCCUCUUGUAUAACAAUCUACCAUUGUUCUUUAUUUAAUGUACAUAUUUAUGCAAAUUACCAGCGUUGUAGUAGUUCUAAAAUAUAUCAUUUUAGUCUAUAGGUUAUAAGGAUUGAAAGUCUUAUGAAUUUUGAGACUGAAUGUAAUGUAAUGACUUUUUUUUAUAACUUCAUUUUAAAAAGUCUUUACAAAAUUAAAUUUUAAUAAAAUUAAUUAUUAAUUACUACUUAAUUUUAACGUACUAGAUACUUUACCUAACGUAUUUUUUAAUCCCAAUGUUUUUGUAUCGUUUUAUUCAUUACAGUUGUUUUAUUAGCGUGGAAUGUAUGAAAGAUGUUAAUGUAAAAUAAAUGUCAUUUAGCGUAUACUGUACUGUUCUCUAGAAAUGAACGAAUUUAAACGAAAAGAGAUAUAUGUCAAGUUUAACGAAAAGAGAUAUAUGUAUGAUUCUAUGUAUGUACUUUCAAAAUUUAACUUGUAGGUAAUUGAUGUGUUUUAAAAAUAAAUAUCUAUGUGCAA